AUGAAGCCAUCGUUGAUACAUCUUUCUCUGGUAGCCGCUGCCAAUGCGGUGACAGUCCCUCUCGAAGCAAGAAAUUCCAACUGCAGCAUUAAAUGGACCAAGUGCGACGCGGCUCUCGAGAAGCUAAAGACGAGUAAAUUGCCGAUUGAAUGUGCCAAUGUCACGGCUCCGUUGGACUACACCAAGAGGGACUCCAAAGAGACGGUUACACUGGAGCUGAUUAGGGUUCCAGCGGUGAAGAAGCCGUCCAAGGGGACUAUUCUGUUUAACUUUGGUGGACCUGGUGAUGCUGGUCGUACAGGAAUGCUGGAACAGAUGGAUCAACUUAUGCCCUCUGUUGGGUAUCAGCAUGAUCUGGUAGCUUUUGAUCCUCGUGGUACCGUCAACACCUUGACAUUCACUUGCCGCAACGAGACUGAGCUGGCUGCAUUUACAUCCAAAUUCCCAACCUACAGCAACUCUUCCGACAACGCACUGGGUAGAACCUGGGCCGGUCAAGGCGUAGUUGCCGAGACGUGUUACGAGCGCAAGAAGAGCAUUGGAUCGUAUGUUGGUACGGCAUUUACGGCCAGGGACUUGAUGACUGUGGUGGAUGCCCUCGGCGAGGAUGGCUUGUUGCGCUACUGGGGAUUCUCCUACGGAACUACUCUUGGAGCAACCGUUGCAGCCAUGUUCCCCGACCGCAUGGAUAAGGUUAUCCUAGAUGGCGUUCAAAACGCCCACGAGUACUACCACUCACACGACGAACAAAUGAACCUAAUGGCCGACGAAAGUUUCUCCGGCUUCUUCAAACACUGCGUCGAGUCACCCACCUGUCCCCUAGCCAGCAAGAACCACACUGCCGCACAGCUAGAGCGCCAGUUUUGGAACUUUUUGUACAAGGUCAAAUACGAUCCCGUCCGAGUAGGCACCGAUAUCGUCGACUACGACAUGAUUAAGAAUGUUGUUGUUGCUAGUCUCUAUGGGCCAAGUUCCUGGAUCAAUCUCGCCAAGAGUCUGGGCGAUCUGUUCAACAAAAACAAUGCCACGACGCUGAUUGAAUACGAAAAGAAGAUUCGAGGCAACGUCCAAGCUUCUGUAACUCCGGAUGCCAAUCCCGGUAUUCAGUGCGGCGACAAGGACAUCAAGCGUGUCGUCUCUCGCGAGGAUUUUAUGCCUGUCGUCAACGAGAAGUACAACACUUCGAAGGCUAUUGCCGAUAGCUUGAUGUUUUCGGACAUGGCGUGCGCGCAGUGGAAGAUGGAUGCGAAGGAGCGAUAUGGCGGUGACUUUCACGUGAAGACGAAGAAGCCGUUGCUGUUUAUUGGGAAUACUUGGGAUCCCAUGACUCCUUAUCAGUCGGCGCAUAAUAUGAGUAGUGGGUUUGAGGGCAGUGGACUUAUUGAACUGAAGUCUUAUGGGCAUGGUUCUUUUGCGCAACCGUCGGCGUGUGUUGUUCGUGCUGUGAGGGAGUAUUUUGCGACGGGGAAGAUUCCGGAGAAGGGGAAGAAGUGUGAGACGGAUACGCCGGCGUUUUCGGGCAAGACUUUUGCGGACGUGUUGAAGAUUGUUGAUGGGUCGAAGUAG